AUGGCGUUUUACCGAAUAUUCCCGGUUUCCACCCCCUCUAUCCGUGUUUCUGUCUCUCUCUUCUCUCUUGGUUUCUCUAUCUAUCUAUAUCUAUAUCUAUGUAUCUAUCUAAACUCUCUCUCUCUCUCUCUCUCUCUCUCUCUCUCUCUCUCUCUCUCCGCUUCCGACACUAAUACUGAAGAGUCAAGAGGCGCGGAUAUUAAUUGUUUUUCUUCCUCAUGCUACAGAUCAAUAUCAGUUCAACCAUUCUUAUUGGAUCCUCUCCUGGUUUUCCUUCCUACUCUUCUCUUUUUAUCUAUCUUUCCUACUUUUCUUUUUCUAUCUAUCUUUUCCACUCUUCUCUUUCUAUCUAUCUUUCUUACUUUUCUCUUACUAUCUUUUCUACUCUUCUCUUUCUAUCUUACCUACCCUUCUCUUUCUAUUUUUCUUACUCUUUUCUUUCUAUCUUUCCUACUUUUCUCUUUCUAUCUUUUCUACUCUUCUCUUUCUAUCUAUCUUUCUUACUCUACUCUUUCUAGCUUUCCCACCCUUCUCUUUCUAUUCGUCUUUCCCACUUUAUAUUUCUUUUCUACUUUUCUUUUUCUAUCUAUCUUCUCUCUAAUGUUCUAUCCGCUCAUGCACACUUUUCUGUUAAUUGUGGCCCAUCGUACUUUUAUCUAUCUAUCUAUCUAUCUAUCUAUCUAUCUAUCUAUCUAUCUAUCUCUUUCUCUCUCUCUAUUUCUCUCUCAGUUUCUUUUUUCAUUCUCUUAA